CAGACUGCGAGAUGGAGGCGAAAUGCGGAGGCGGCAGGUGUUUUGGAUAUAUAUAGGGGCCACCGAGAACGUCUGCUGUGUGUCACGAAGUCUGCGGUCAUCAGCCACCGAAGCAUAUUCGCCCAGGACAACAUGAUGCUCCCCGAAACUGUCAUUGCUGGGCUGCUGCUGGCCUCCAGCGUGGUUGCUGCGCCAGCACCGGACCCAACCUCGAUCUGCAAGCGUGGCCCGAGCCCUGGCGUGGUCAUCCAGAAGUGCAGCAAGCCCGGCGUGCUCGCGCUUGCCUAUGACGACGGCCCGUAUCAGUACACCUCGCAGCUCGUCGACAUCCUCGACAAGGCCGGCGCCAAGGCCACCUUCUUCUGGACCGGCACGCUGUACGGCUGCAUCUACAACCAGGCCGCAGCUGUCAAGAAGGCGUAUGCUUCGGGCCAUCAGAUCGCCUCGCAUACAUGGACCCAUCCCCACAUGGGCACUCUGAGCGAGUCGCAGAUCCGCUCCGAGAUGACCAAGCUCGAGGAGGCCUUCGUCAACCUGAUCGGCAAGAAGCCGGCCUACAUGCGGCCGCCCUAUCUCGACACGAGCGGCGCCGUCUUACCAACCCUCAAGUCAAUGGGCUACAAGGUUAUCACCGACGACGUCGACUCGCAGGACUGGAACGGCAAGACGCCCGACCAGAGCGCCCAGUUCUUCCAGCAGGCCGGCCCCGGCGGCAACGGCCACAUUUCCCUCAUGCACGAGACCUACGCCAGCACCGUCCAGACCCUCACUCCGUGGCUGAUCAACUGGGCCAAGCAGAACAACCUGAAGCUGGUCACUGUCGCUGAGUGCUUGGACGAUGCCAAGGGCGCGUACCAGGCUGGCACCUUCACCCCUACCGGCAAGAACACCUGCUAAUGCAAAGUGGGUAACUGUCGGGAGGGCGAAGACGUAAACUUGGGGGGGGUGGCCCUAUGUGGACGUGGGCUCCUGGUUAGGCGCGGGGCCAACACAGAAAUGUAUUUACUGUGUUAACGUACAUAAAGUAGCUCAAAGAGGACAUCCUUAUCUAUCG